GUUUAAAUUAUUUUAAACCUAUCUUUCAUACAAAAUAAAACCGACAUUAGAAAAAACGCUAGUCACUUGUGUACAUAUUUCAAACCAACUUCACAAUGACGCCCUUGGAGGUUUUAUUUCUUGCACUGGCAGUCUGCCAUACUCUAGAUCUUAUUAGCAGUCAAGCAGUUGAGGUUGACUAUACAACUCUUGAAGUUGAAGGUCAAAUCCUCCCCGACCUUGUGAACGUGACCUUGACGACAGACACCAACACGAGCCACCUGCAGCUGAGCCGUGUCGAGCACAUCCACCUGGACAUCCCACUGUACUCACUCAGUGUCGACUCGAAUGGAACUUUUUCUCAGAGACGGGAGAGCUCACGUCACAGGAAGAACAUCGGCUACUACCAGGACAUACACAGUGAGGCCGUGUUUCAGCUGACAAGGACCAACAACAUCAGGGAGAAAAAGGCCAAGCUGAUCAUAAAAGGCGAAUACAAACACAAUGACGAGAGAUACUUCAUCCAACCGGAAGUAACCCCUGUCCAACAAGCAACGACCAGUAGGUUGCCUAGCGACGAAGUUGUGUACACAAGAACGCUGAAGAGAAACCGACCAGCCGGGAACAUGGAUUACGUCAUACCACGUGAGUGCCAGAUAACAAAAAAUACUCCAAUGGGUUAUCUAAAUAUUAAAACACUUCACAUAGUCUCACUGUCAGUGUACUGA